UCUGUAUUUACUCAUUUCAUUGUUCACAUCAUGUCGGAUCAUAAAUCGCCACGUUGUAAUUCAUCACAUUUGAAACUUAUCAUUAACGCUGAUGAUGUCGGUUAUAGCCAGAUCAGAGACGAAGGUAUUGCCGAGUGCAUAGACGCCGGUUCAGUGACCAGCUGCUCUUUAUUAGUCAACGGUGUCUCUGCUAAGUCUAUUAUUAUAGCACGGUGUCCCAAAGUCUCACUCGGACUUCAUCUGAACUUAACAGAAGGUUGUCCUAUUGGGUCCUUAUACGACACUCUGACAAAUGAAGAAGGAUUCUUUCGAGGCAAGUUUGGAUUUCGAGAAGCCGUUGACAAUGGAAAAAUUGAUUCUGAAGAAAUUUCUGAGGAGAUUGAUCACCAAAUCAGAACAUUCUGGAAGCUUACCGAUCAGAAACCGACCCAUAUCGACGGACAUCAACAUAUCCAUGUCAUCCCAGCUAUAAUGAAGAUUUUGGCCCCUCAAAUGGUUUCAAAUGCCAUAAACAUCACAAGAAUCCCUCAUGAAAGACAACUAAACUCAUGUCACUGGUUAUCACAGACAUCUAGAAGCUUUUUCGAAAGGGUAAUUGAUGAUGCCCUUGUAUCUAAAGACAUCUGCUUGAAAAAUGGUAUUCAUUUUUCAGAUGCAUUUCUUGGUCUGAGUACAAUGGGAACCAAUAUGAGCAUCAGAAACCUGCAGAAAAGAAUUUAUACAGUGUUGGCUACGUGGAAAGAAAAACAGCCAAAGAAUGCUGGAAACACCACCGUGAUGCCAUGGUUAUGUGAGUUGAUGGUACAUCCUGGUUAUGUCACUGGCAAUAUUGGAGGGUGUGGGACAGGUCCUGACGACUUUUCUCAGUCAAAUGAACGACAACAUGAAAUGGAAAUUCUAAAAGAGAUGGCAUUAAUGAAUUUUUACCAAAAGCAUGGCAUAGAACUGAUAUCUUUUAAAGCCCUUUUUUAAUAACAAUAAUAAUGAUUCAUUUUUUUUUAUUGCCAACAGGGUUCGUUCCUCUGUACAAAAAACGUAGAACAUACAAAGUUUUAUAAAAACAAGGGUUAGGGUUAGGGUUAGGCAAAGACAUAAAAUAUACAAAAUUGAAUUAAAUUUUUAUUUUUUUAACAUACACGAACAGAAUGGCUGUGUGGUAAAAAGUUUGCUUCCCAAUUACAUGGUUCUGGGUUCAGUCCCACUGCAUGGCAGCUUAGACAGUUGGGCAAGUGUCUCCUACUAUAAGACGUUGUAUAUAUGUGUGUUUGUUUGUGUGCAUGUGUGUGUGUCUUAGCUGACCAAGAAAUAAAAGCUAAUCAUCCAGACAUAAUAACCAAGGGUUAAAAAAAGGAUAUCUACUUACUGAUAGACAUUGCAUUCCCAUCUGACUAAAAUAUUGGUCUCAAAUUUUGACACAAGGCCAGAAAAUUUUGGUAGGGGUGAGUCGUUUUCAUCAACCCCAGUAUUCUACUGGUAGUUAUUUUAUUGACCUCAAAAGGAUGGAAGGCAAAAUCAACCUCGGCGGACUUUGAACAAGUGCCCACAUCAGAGGAAAUUUGUGUUGGAAACGUGGAAUUCCUCAUUUACUGACUAGGGAAAUAUUACCAUCAUCAGCCAUCUUUGGCAUAACUGGAAUCGAAAUAAGAUGAAUAACUCUGCAUUACCCAAGGUUUUGCUAGCAGAAUUUCCUUUCGGAAUUUCUUCAUUUACAACAUUAACUGACCAUGACUUUUUCAUCCCUCCAGUUGUAGAGAGGUUACGUGCUUCUGGCCAUUUGAGUUUGACAAGUCACCUAUAUUGCUAAGCGCUUUAUAGGCACAAAACCAAUGGUCAUACUCGGACUGGCCAAAACAAACCACCUUCUAAAUACAUAUAUGUAUGUAUGCAUUUGUCUCCACUGCUUGUGUUGGUUUGUUUACGUCCCCUUAACUUAGUGGUUCGACAAGAGAACUGAUAGAAUAAGUGCCAGGAUUAAAAAUAAAAGUACUGGGGUCGAUUUGUUAGACUUAACCCUUCAAAGCAGUGCCUAGACAUGGGCCACGGUCCAAUGACUGAAACAAGUAACAAAUAAAAGAUGCAUAUAAUGAAGUUCUGUAUUCAAAUCCCGUCGAAAUCAACUUCGCUUUUCAUCCUCAUAAGGAGGAUAAAAAAUAAAGAAGCAGUAAGGUGCAGACGUCGAUUUAACCGCCUGUAUCCCUAUCCACAAAUAUGAAGGUUUCGUGUUUAUGUUAUAAACCAGUUAUAAGC